CCUAAGGAAAGUCCAAACGCGGCCUAUUGGUAUCUAUUUCUUCCCGAUUCCCACAAUGCCCUGUCAAAACCCUAGCCCGAAAAUCUCGCCGGAUUCACACCGUUCGGCUCUUUGUGGUAUUCUUUCUACUCUUUAUUUCUGCUGUUACAACUUAUUUUUGCGAAUCCGCUGUGCUCGAGUUGAAGACAGUGCAGCACACUCCGCCGCACUUUGCGUUCUAGAUUCCAAGCUCUGGGACUUACCUUCCGCCCCACUGAAGCCUCUCGCAAAACCGCACCCGUCAAAAGAAGUGAUUUUUGGCAUUGAUUCUCUCCUCGAUAAGCUUGAUCUUACCACAUUUGAUGUCGACUCAGCUCUCUCUCAAAUCUCUUCUCAACUCGGAAGGGCAACUCCAAUCUCCAGAGACUGGUCCGUGUUGAAAUAUGUCGAAGAAGCCGAUUUCGGACCUGACUCGCCCAUUAAAACACUCUUUAUUGUCGGAAAACUCAUACAUGAAGAUGAAGAUUUAUCUGACUCGUGUAAAUUUAUAUCAAAAGAAAGUGCUGCUAAAAUUCAUUUGCAGUCAACGCCGGGUGGCGAUCGUAUCGGACUUCUUACAAUCAUUGGACUUCUUCAUCGCGACGACAAAUCCCAAAAGCCGCUGCUGCCUCGAUCCUUCCUCAACCAUUCAAUUCAAGAGUACCCUUUAGGCCUCAUUGUUGCACCAAUGAAAAGUAGAACACAAAAACCAUUUUCAACAACAAAUCUAGUUCUCAUUGUAGCAGAGGAUGAAACUAUUGAAUCUGAAACUAAUGAAUCUGCCAUUUUUAAACAUGGAGAAGCUCUUCUAGUGGAUCCUGGAUGCUCUGUUCAACAGCACUCUGAUCUUGAAGAUCUCAUUAAUGCUCUCCCCAGAAAACUUCUUGUUUUUCUCACCCAUCAUCACUACGAUCACAUUGAUGGUCUUUCCGUCAUCGAUAAAUGCAACCCCGAUGCCAUUUUGUUAGCUCAUCCGAAUACGCUGCGACGAAUCAAUACUACAAGUUGGUCUCACGAGUCUCUCCCAAUUUCCGGCGGCGAGACAUUACAGAUCGGUAGACAGAAACUAGAAAUUGUGUUUGCACCCGGACACACCGACGGCCACGCUGCUCUUCUCCAUCUGAAUUCAAACUCUCUCAUCGUCGGCGAUCACUGUGUCGGUCACGGGAGCGCUGUUCUUGACAUAACGAGCGGCGGAAAUAUGAAGGAUUAUUUUGAAACAACUUAUAAUUUUUUGGAUCUAAAACCAAAUGUUUUGAUUCCUAUGCAUGGGAGAGUAAAUUUGUGGCCUCAAAAUAUGCUGUGUGGGUAUCUGAAGCAUAGAAGGGAGAGAGAAUUGAGAAUUCUGAAAGCUAUUGAAGAUGGGGCAGAAACUCUAUUUGAUAUCGUUGCCAAAGUUUAUGCAGAUGUAAGCAGAAGUUUGUGGCUUGCUGCUUCAUCAAAUGUCAAGCUUCAUGUUGAUCAUUUGGCUUAUCAGAAUAUGUUGCCAAAGGGUUUUAGUUUGGAGAAUUUUAAUAAUAGCUAUGAUGAUUUUUUAAAAAAGAUUUCUAGUUUGUGAGCUUUAGGAAUUAGAAUUAUAUUUGGUGCGAGUUGUAUUGGAUUUGAAAAAUAAAGUAAGAUUUAUAUACAUACCACUCAA